ACAGGUGGCGUUAUUUAUCAACAUCCGGCGUAGUUUCGAGAAACGCAUGUUUGCGGCGUGAAGCUUACCGGUCGGUCUUUUUAUCACGAGCUGAUCGAACCCUCGGAACUGUUCUUCAACCGUAAACAAACAACAACACAAACGCAUAAUGGCGAAAUGGGGCGAAGGAGACCCUCGGUGGAUCGUUGAGGAAAGGCCCGAUGCGACGAAUGUCAACAAUUGGCAUUGGGUUGAAAAGAAUGCAACAAGCUGGUCGAUUGAUAAACUUAAGGAGCUGUUGACUGGGCUUGUAGUUGAAAAUAAAAAAGGGAGCUGUGAAGUGAAGGAACUCACCAAGGUGGAAGGCGAGGCAACAGCAAACAACAGGAAGGGCAAGCUCAUCUUCUUCUAUGAGUUUGAAGUGAAGGGGAAAUGGUCAGGUUGUUUGAAAGACUCCAAGAAGAGCUAUAAAGGCACCUUUGACAUACCUAAUUUGAGCGAGGAAAAUGAAGCUCACGAGAUUGAUGUGAAUGUGUCGUGUGAUAGCACAAGUGAUGAUGCCACGGAAGUGAAGGAGAUCAUGAGGAUAGUUGGCACCAAGGUUAUUCAGGAAAAGAUGGCAGAAUAUAUAAACAGACUUCGAGAAGAAUAUGGACAGGGCAUUAUCUUGCCAACCAAAGAUUGUGCAAAAGCCCCAGCUCCAAAGGUGGUAAACAAAGAGAACAAAGCAAAAGAGGAAAUGAAUAAAGUGGUGACUGACUGCAGCGAACGGAUGGAUGGACUAGGUGUGCGAAUCCACACCAAGAAGCUGGUGACCAGGGAGGAGUUUAAAUGUCGAGCUGCCGACCUCUACCGCGCUCUCACUGACAAGGGGAUGGUGGAAGCAUUUACUGGUGGACCUGCUACAUUAGAACCUGCUAAAGGAGAACGCUUCUCAAUGAUGGGCGGCCAUGUCACAGGGGAAUUUGUGGAUUUAGUGCCCGAAAAGAAGAUAGUACAAAAGUGGAGGAUAAAGUCAUGGCCCACAGAGCACUACUCUUUCGUGACAAUAGAACUUGAGGAGCAGGACUCUACUACUGUACUUAGGUUAACCCAGCAGGGGGUUCCUGACUCCGAGUAUGACAAUACGUUACAGGGCUGGAAGACCCAUUACUGGCAACGCAUGAAUCAAGUGUUUGGAUUCUCGGCUAACUUAUUUUGAUGCAGGGGAACAUAGAAAACUAUUUUAACAAUGGACUUCUAGGAAAUGCUCUCAAACCUGGGAUAUUUAUUGCACACAUGUUAGUGUGAUUGUGUGCUGUCAACAUUCCCUCUAAGGGCCAAGGCCAAUAUUGCAAGCAGCCAGGACCUCGUGAAGGGAGUGCUUGGAUUGAUACAAUCAGAAGAAGGGAGGUUAAAAUGUUUGGACGAAGGCUUUUCGGUUGGAUGUUCUGUACAAGAUUUCCAUGUACCUCAAGAAGUGUUUGGGAACAGCUGCAUUUACUGAGUGGAUGAAUCAGCAUAUUUCUUUUAUUUUUCAGCCUUAUAUAAAUCCAGAACAGCUGUUGGGUGUUCAGAGAGAGCCACAUGCUUACCAUGUGCAUUGUCUGUAUUUAAGUGACUUGAUUUUGUAUAUAUACAAUGUACAUCAGUCAGAUUUUCUGCUUGUGAGUGAAAGUCAAUUGUUUAUUGUUAGUAGUCUGAUGUGUAAUGUUUUUAUAUAUGUAUGGAGUAUUUCUUCAAACAGUUGUUAGAAAACCAUGUGUCCAGAAACUAAAUGUUAGUUGGGCGUAAGAAAACACAUUCACAAAUCAUGCAAAUUGGAACUUUAUCUAUUUCUAGGUACCCUUUUGUUGAGAGUAGGCAAGAAAACCUCUUAAACCAUUGUUGGAAAUAGAAAAGAAAUGUUUUUUUGCUUGUAAAUGAGUGUUUUAGGGUGGACAUUACCCUCAGUUGGAAACAUCUCAUCUGCUUAUGUGAAGUCUGUACAAGAUAUAUCCUGAUAUCCAUACAAGAAUUCGGGGUUUUACUGCAAAACUGGCUGUCCAGGGAACCCCCACUAAACCUUUAAAAAAGUGAUUUGUUUUUUGUUGUUCAAACUAAUAUGUAACUAAAUAAAUAGUUGUGUACAAUCAACCUGGGAAAUGGCCUCCCUACAUAAAUGUAUUCCUUGAUGAGUAUAAUACUGGAAUACAGUAUUUGACUAUCGUUGGACUUGGAAUAUUUAAUGAUUUUUUUAAUAAAAAAUUCAAUAUAGAAAUAAAAACAGAAUGUGCUGCGAACUUUAUGAUGAUGCGGGUGGUGCCUGAGAACCACGACUAUUAUUUUUUUUAGCCUAAUUGAUUUGAAGAGUCUUUUUUGGAAAUGAGUGUCCAGGGCCCCAAUCCACAAAGUGAUCGUAGCCCUAUGAUUGUCAUAUCCCUCAGUAUGCAAUACUUGUUUUUUUCUGCAUCCAUUCUGUCCACUUGUGCACAUUUCUGCAUUGUGUAAAACCCUGCGACUUCCCAUCAGGAUAUCCUCAGCUGAUUCAGUGACAUCAUACCCAGGUCCAUGAACAGUUCAGUUGAUCGCACAAUGUUCUUCCUGGUUCAGACAUACUGUAUGUUCAUGCUGUGUUGUGUUACCAGUGAUUAUGAAUGAGUGCCACGAUUCAAAGGAGGAAAUUAGGGCCCUUUUUGGCUCACUGGAAAUACAAAAUUUUAAGGUAGUGGAAAACUUUGAAAUUUUAGUGUGAAAAUUAUCAGAUAUGUUCAAAUAUUUGAUACCAUUUUCCUGUCUUACACUUGCAAGUUUUGGACCAUUGACAUGGUCAAAUACACAAGUAUGGCUCAAAUGAAUAAUAAGUAAGAUUUUUAGAAACUCAAACGAAAUAAUCUCUGACCCAAGAUGAAGUUUUUGUCAUGUUUUAUGUAUCUACUAUGAAAAUCAGAUUGGGUCAGUGACUUGCCCACAUUCAAAUAUUAGAAAAAAUACUUCAUGAAAACCUCUAAAAUAGGCCUUUUUGGACACUUUAUAUCUUUACUAUGCAUUUAUUGUUGUCAUGUCCAUUACAUUCUCGUUGACAUGAACAAAAGACAAAAGUUCUCAUUCAGAGGAACAUAUUAGAUACAUUAGAUUAUCUAAAGUAAAAGUUUUACUCAAUUCUGAAAUUAUACACAUCCUGUGGGCCAAAUAUGGUCCUUAGCACACCUUGUCGUUUGUGCAGGGAUGAACAUGUAGCUGUAACCUGUAACAGACGUGUUACAGUUUCAUGCAUAAGACUGUCCAAAGAAAUUACCAGUCAAACAAUGAGAUCAUCCCUAGCAUGUUGGAACAGCUUCAACAGUUCUGUGUCUACCAGUAUCUAUCACGAGUUUGAAUUUUAAGAAGAGUAUAUGGUAAUGAAGUGUCCUCAUCUUGAUGCUAAUUGGCUGAAAUAAGCCGAUGUGAUGUUAAUUGUUAAAUUUGGAUUCACUCACUCACCUAAUCUUUUGAUUCUGCAAGGCUACAUAUCGAGCAAGUAAGACAGCCAUAUGCUCUUGUGUUGAAUUAGAUGGGUCUAGAUGUGUUUGUCAUAGAGGAUAGGCUGCUAUAGCUGGUUACUUAGUGCUGUAUGCAUGUGUGUAUUGUGGAGGUGCCGUUCGGGCCUUUUUCAGUUCUGUGCAGUUUCCUAAAGUAACUGGCUAAGUUUGUUGCGAUGGAAGUGUCCACUGAGGAUGAAUCUAUCUAUCCUUUAUUUUAACAGUAAGACUCAGUUUAAAAUAACUGAUCAUUUGUGCAUGAAUAAAAGAUAAGCAUCA